AGCCACAAUCAAACACGAAAAAAAAACUAACACUUCCUUUCUAUCUUUUCGCCGUCCACGUCGACAUUCCGGCAAUCUUCUCCGAUCAUUCUCCGUUUCCGGCCAUCAACUUCCGUUUAUCAAAGAUGAUCAGAAUAGAAUGAGAAUCGCUAUCGACCUAUCAUGUCAGUCUCGUGCUCCGAGUGCUUCUCCGACUUACUCUGCGGCGAGGACUCCGACACCGUUUUAUCAAACGGAGGAGGAGGAGAGGAUUCGCCGGAAUGUUCGUCGUCGGAUAUCGAAUCUCAGUUCGCCGAUUUCGAUGAAUCCAUCGCAGGUCUUAUUGAAGACGAACGAUACUUCGUCCCUGGAUUUGACUAUUUCGAGAGGUUUCAAUCUCAAUCUCUAAUCUCCGUCGCUAGAGAAGAUUCCGUUGCAUGGAUUCUCAAGGUACAACGCCACUAUGGUUUACAGCCAUUAACGGCGUAUCUGGCCGUUAAUUACUUGGAUCGUUUUCUCUACUCUAGAAGCUUUCCGCAAACGGACGGUUGGCCGCUACAACUCUUGUCGGUUGCUUGCUUAUCUUUAGCAGCAAAAAUGGAGGAACCUCUUGUUCCUUCUCUUUUGGAUCUUCAGGUUGAAGGUGCAAAGUAUAUAUUUGAACCCAAAACCAUCCAAAGAAUGGAGUUUCUUGUGCUGAGAAUAUUAGAUUGGAGGCUCCGAUCCAUAACCCCGUUUUGCUUCCUCAGCUUCUUUGCCUAUAAGCUUGAUCCAGUAGGGACUUUCACUGGCUUCCUUAUUUCAAGGGCUACUGAAAUUAUCCUCUCAAAUAUUCAAGAAGCUAGCUUUCUUGAAUAUUGGCCAUCAUGCAUAGCUGCUGCAACAAUACUUUGUGCAGCUAAUGACCUUCCAAAUUUCUCUCUAGUGAAUGCUGAACAUGCUGAAUCUUGGUGCGAUGGACUCCGCAAAGAGAAAAUCGUGGGUUGCUAUGAAUUAGUGCAAAAGUAUGCCAUUGCAUUAAGACCAAGGAGAUUUCCAAAAGUUUUACCACGGGUACGAGUCAUGACUCGGGCUAGUACUGUAUUAACCAGUGAGUCAUCAUCCUCGUCCUCAUCAUCUGCCACAUCUUAUAAAAAGAGAAAACUAAAUAACAACUGGUGGAAUACAGAUGACGACAGAGCAAGUUCCUGUUAAUUAAGGGGUGGCGAAUUAAGAAUAAGGGUCUAGAAAAAGAAAAUGUGGUCCUUAGUCCUUACAAUCCUCAGUAUUUUUUCAUGUUGGAGGGUGUUUUUGAGUUAAAUUGACUGGAGUGAUGUAGAUUAUUUAGUACUAUAUAUAUAUAUAUAUAUAUAAUGUACGUACGAUGAGAGUUUGGGACUUGGGAGCAUUAAAUUAAUCUUUUUUAUUUGGGUGAGAAGUGCCAUUCAUUAAAUGGCUUUGCAGAUUCCCUAGGGAAGGGGAUUUGGUACAUAGUAUUUUGGUGUGAGAAAAGGUGAAAGAGAGAAAAAGAAAGAGAAAGAAGAGAUUGUUUAAUUAUAGUAGCAGUAAGUGGAGUCAUGGAGUAGUGAGUGCGAAUGAGGUGGCGUUUUGUGAUUGUAUUCAAAGGGAGCAUUGAUUAUUAAAUGAAAGGGGGAAUGGGGGAAAAGAGAUGGUGGGGGCCAUUUACAAAGGAUCAUUGGAGAAGAGAAAAUUAAAUUAAUGGAGUUGUGGCAAAAAAAUAUUGAAGUUUGGGGAAAUCCAUUGAUGAAUAAGUCAAGAAGGCUCUUCAUAUUUUAUAUAUAGGCCACCAUUAUUGCUUCACCAACUUUUACCCUAGCUCCAAGAAAAUGAAUGAAAAUCAACGAUCAACUCAAAGGAGAAAAAACAAGGUUUGAACUUCAAGAAUAACAUUUGGCUCUGUAUAAUCAGACUUUUGGUUUGAGGUGUGUGCUCUACACAGUGUAUGUUUUUUUGGCGGGAAAAUUUGCCUUUCUUUUUCUUUGUCCUAACCAUAUACUGGACUCUUUUUUUCGUCGAACGUGUAAGGUUACACGUGUGUAUUCUUUUAAUUAUUAAUUUUCUUUUAAAGGAGGUAAUAUGAAGGAAAAAACCCUCCUUUUUUCCGGCCAAAAUUUGGCCUAACCAUACAAAGGGUCUUUGGGGCCUUUCAAAGUGUGUUGUAUUUGGAUUCUUGUGCCAAACAUGAUGUUACAUCUAGUAUAUAUGAAAUAAAUUAUAUCAUGUUUUUAUUGGA